AUGGGCGGCGGCGGCAGCGGCAGCGGCAGGAAUGGCGCUGUAGUGAGGCGGUACAUCCGGUCCAAGGAGCCCAGGAUGAGGUGGAGCGCCGACCUCCACCGCAGCUUCCUGCAGGCCAUAGACUGCCUCGGCGGCCAACACAAGGCUACGCCGAAGCUCAUUGUCCAGUUCAUGGGCGUCAAGGAGCUUACCAUAUCUCAUGUCAAGAGCCAUCUACAGAUGUACAGAGCUGCGAGGCUUGGCGCAGGAAGAAGAGGCCCAGGGAUGCAAGCCCAGCUGCUGCAAAGGAGGUACUCAUGCACCGGUGAUGAGCAAGGCCCCAAGGAGGAGUUCCUGUGCCCACCACCUCUGAAAAGCGCCCGGAUGGGGUACGAGAGCACGCAGGGAAGCCAUGGAGUCAGUGAUGCGAGGACUACUGCCGCUGCUGGGGGCCUGUACUGCAUCGAUGAUUACAUGCAAGCCAUGGCCUCCAUGGGCAGGAGAAUAAAGGAGGAGGGACUCAUCAGAUGGCAGAGGAGGGAUGCUGAUGCUGCUGCGCCGACCGCUGCUGCGCCUUCCAACCUCCAAGCCAUGGGAUGUUUGGUGCAAGAAUCUGACCCCUUUAAGAAGAUACGCCGACCAGAAGCACGCCAUCUUGGUUCUGCGCUGAUUCAGCAGGAUGCCUCCAACAAAGAGGACGGAAACGGAUGCCCCCUCUUCAGUAGCUUCAGCAUUGCAGCGAAGGACGAGCCAUCCAAGGAGUGCUCACUCUCGCUGUCCCUUGGUCCGGACCCAAGAUGCGCCCGUGCCAUGGCAGCAGCCUCCUCGCCAAGCGGCGAGAGCAGCUGCAUCCUCACGGCCUCGCCGGCGAGGAGGAGCUCCAGCGACUGCUCCGGGCACUCAGGCUGCUUUGUCGGCCCGGGUGUUAGCCUGGAACUUUCCCUGUCCAUUUGUGGAUCCUAG